ACAGGUUCGGUUCGCAUUUCGCACCGGGACAGCAGCUCGGCCACACCCACCGCCUCUCUGCCUCCGCCCCUGCACCAGCCAGCCCAGCCCAGCCCUCACAGACACCACAGCCCACGGGAGACCACAGACACAGACUUCCACUCCCUUCCUUCACAAGUACAGACACCCACACGCACACACAGACACACACACACACACACACGAAGAAAAAGCAUAAAAUCAAGAAAAGUUAGACACAGACAAACUAGCUCCAUAUAUCUGGGUGUCUAGUUUCUGCUACCACUACUACAACUACCACUACUACUACUACUACUACUACCACUAAUACCACUACAAUGGGCCGUCUCGCUGUCUGUGUGGUUCUCUCCUUCAUCGUCGCCUGCUCCAUCUUCAACCUGGCUGAUGGCAAGUGCUCGCAGUUCGGCCACUCCUGCUUCGGCGCGCACGGCAAGCGGGCCGACGAGCAGUACGGCGCCCUGGAGCCUGUGGAGGACCUCUACCCCUCCGCCACCCAGCUAAGGGACGCCGAGGAGCAACUAGCCAUGGAGGAUGUCGCCAUGGCCAACCCCCGCACCAUGGCCGGCGUCAGGAACCUGAUGGACAUGAUCGGCCAGCUGAUGCGCCAGCGGGCCGCGGCCCAGCAGCAGCAGCAGCAGCAGCAGCAGCGUCCGUCCCCCGUGCAGCUGGGCCCCAACGACGCCUACCUCCACUAACGGGGCGGCCAGGGACGUAGCGAGCCGAAGGAACAACAUUGAACGCUGCCGCCAAACUAUGUAUAAGAAACACUACGAUAGGGAUACUAACACCGCCGAUAACACAAGGGGAAGCCACUUAAAGCAACACUAGAACAUUGCCGCGCUUGUGUUACAGGAAUGAGCCGUUGAACUAUAUAUAACAAACAAUAUUAGAGAGAUAUCAAACACCGUCUAUACCAACACUAGGGGAAUGUCACUUUGAGCAAAACUAGAACAUUGUGUUGCAGGAAUGAGCCGCCAAACCAUGUAUAAGAAACACUACUAUAGAUAUUAAACACUGAGGGAAAGCUACUUUUGCUACAGGAAUGAGCCGUCAAACUCUAUUUAUAAGAAACAAUACUACAGCUUAUGUAACACAGCCAUACCAACACUGAAGGAAAGCCACUUGAAGCAACACUAGAACAUUGCCGCCAAACUAAACACAAGAAACACUAAGAUAACAACACUGUAGGAAAAGUCACGUACGUUACAGGACUGGGCCGUCAAAAUUACGAAUAAAAACACCCCUAUAUAGAAAUGACGCCACUUUUACCAACACGAACGGAAGCCACUUGAACGAUCUUUCAUUUUUACGGGACCAGCAGAAUUUGGCGGGCUUUACGUUUUUUUUUUUUUCGGUUUUUUUUUCCCUUAAGGAGCUUCGGCCACAGUACAGGAAGCAGCUCAAGCGCAAAAUUAGACACAAAAAAGCCCGCUAGCAAUACAUAAAAGCAAAAACGCCUCUAGCUACUUCUGUUACUAGGGAGGGAGGGAAAGGAAAGGGAGAGAAAGGGAGAUAAAGAAGGAACGAUGGAGGAAAAGCAAGGAGAAGGAAGAAAGAGGGAGGUAAAGAAAGAACGACGGAAGAAAGUAGAAGGAAAAGAAAGGAAGGAAAACAAGGGAUAAGGAAACAUAGAGGGAAAAGGAAUAAAGAAAGAAGGAACAGUGGAAGAAAGGAGAAAAGGGGAAGAAGGAAGAGAGGGAUAGAAUAACAUAAAAACAA